ACUAAAGCCAGUGGUGGUUCAUCUGCAGUGGGGGAUGGAGCGUCGUGCUGCUGUGAGGUGGCGUGUGGCCAGUGCCGCGUCCUGCUACAUAGAAGCAAAGUGCUCCUGCGAAUCAUUAAGAAAUAUCUGGUCUUACUUGGUUUCCAGGCGGAGGAAAAUCAGGCAUAAUUAUGUAUUCUCUAGUUCCCGUCAGUGUAGGACAGUGUGGUCUGACAUUAUGGUGAUGCGUUGAGUGGCUAUCAUACGUGGUGUGAUUUUGUGUGAUAUGAAAAGAGGCAGCUGAUCUGCUCCUUUCUCCCCUCUCGUGUAUGCGUAUGAGCGUGUCAAUGUUUAUAUUACUCAGUUAACCAGCAGCGCGCCAUGGUGCAAACACUUGUGCUUGUGUAGUGGUUAUCAAUUUUAUGAAGCAAGACAUGACUCGCUUCUGACAGUGUCAGCGUGAGAGGUGGUGGCGGGAAUAGUACAGGAAGGAAAAACAUGUUUUUUUUUUUUUUUCUUUUUUUUAUCACAGACCGGAGUCAGGGCAGCAGCUCGGCGUGAGAGUGAGGUGAUACAAAUAGUCGCACAGUAUAGAUAUCUAUAUUGUGUACAGUAGCGUCGGAGCAGCGGCAGGGACGCGUUCACCUGCGUGGCGCAGCGCCGAUCAAACAGCGGCGUGCCAUGACCUCGGUGCAUGGUGUUCAUUUAUUCAUACGCAGCUGAGUUCUCUCCGAGUUGGCAACAGCAAAGGCCGCAUGUUACCAACUAGUAAAAUGUCGAAAGGAUGAGUUAAAGUAGAGGGAGAUAAUCGAGAGUGUGUCGUGCAGGGAAGGGAAAGGCGCGGGCCAGGGCACCUAGUGGCCCAUGGAUGCUGAAGCACUGAGCGGCGAGAGGCGCUUGAACAUUACUUGAAAGCAUCGCGUGCCUAAGAGAGGGGAGAGGAGUAGCGGCAGGUGAUGGGAGGUGGAGGUGGAGGUGAACUGCCACACAGUGAAGGCGUGGAAGAAAGAGGGAGAGUGGAGCACGCUAGAUAAUUUCAUUGCAUUUGCUUGGUCUGGAGUGAAACAACUCGCAUGAGCGGGGUGUGAGCGAGGCACGGGGACGCUUCGAGCACGGCAGCUCAGGGCCGCGCCUAGUGUGACAGGGGCUUGGUGGCCACACGAGGGGCGAGGGGAAUGUCACAGUGUAGCACGUGAUGCGCGGUGCACGCCGUUAGUGUUGUGGUGCUGUGCUUCCACCCACCAGCGCUCCUCUCUCACACGCCUCAACGGACUGCAGUAAAGCACCCUUCAAACGUUUCACGUGCACCUGAUAAGAGCGGCUGUUGUUUUCGUGUUCUUUGCAGUGGCAGUAUAUGUGUUAUUGAGUUCAUUAGCGCUGACAUUUACUUUUGUGUAGCCCAUGAGACGCUUGAAUUAUUAAGCUGACAUUAGGUGAGACACGGCAGGUGUGCCUGAUCGUCGCAGUCUAACAAAGCCUACCAGUGACUCAAUGCACGCCUCGAGUGUUAUGCGUGAACCCGCGAUGGACGCUGACGACGCCAGCAUGAACGACUCCCUCCCCGGCAGUGGCCUGGGGCGGAUCAGCAGGCGCAGCAGCCAGUGCAGCAGGAUGAGUAGGCGUGCCAGUAGUGCCAGUAACAGCAGCAGCAACAUCAACAUAGACGACCUGUCGCUGCUGUCCGAGUCCUUCCCGGCGCGGCUGUGGCAGCGCUGGACUGGCCUCCCGAUGCCUCUGGGAAAAAUGUCGGAAUACGGCUUCGAAGAGGACGACAGCGGGGGGCUCGGCGGCCACCAGGCGGACGCUGGCCAGAACUAUAUCACCGUGAUCCCCGUGGAGUACCCGACCAGGAGACCCUACGGGGACUACGAUGCCUUCCCUCGCUCCGCCACCAUCGCCAGGACUCGCAGGCGUCCGCGAGGGGAGACUGAUGCGUUUCCCAGGUCCGCCACGAUUUCCAGAGAGAAGACUACUCGUAUGUGUGCCCUGGGGUUGAGGGACGACCCUGAGACCUUCCUUCCUCGCGGCCACAGGGAGUUCCUGCGGGAGAGAGCAGCGGCGGACUUCCUACGAGCGGACUACAACAAGGGCAGCGCGGAUCACCUGGACAAGGCCGCUGGUUUCUACCCGAGCAUCCCGCCCCCUGCCUUUGACGUGCCCCCUCUCACGCUGGAGCCAGACACCCGCCGCCCUUCCUCCACCACCCACAUGAUGUCUCAGUCCACCACCACCGUGCCCCCCAGUGUCAACACCAGCCUCCCAAACCACAGCACCAUUCCCCCUAACCACACCCACAGUCAGAUGCCCCCUACUUCCUCCCCCAACAACCUGGUGGGGGGCGUCGUGAACCACCCGGCCGUGUCACAGCCGCAGCAGCCCCACGACGACUACGAUAAGCACCACCCGAAGCCAGACCACGAUAGCAGGAAGACUAACAACGCGAAGGGCUCCGCGGCGGGGGGACGAGUCAACUGCACGGUGGAGGUGUGUGUGUUCCUGCACUCUCGCGUGGCGGUGCGGCUGCGGCUCGAGGACGGCGCCAGGAUCACGGCCCAGGAGCUGCAGAGUAUAGUGAUCGAGGAGGAGGACGGCGCUCCCAAGCAGGCCAUGGAGGUGUUCGCGCUGUGGCUGGUGUCUCCUGUACUAGAGAUCCAGCUGAAGCCACACCAGCGAGUCUUGGAGGUGCGGCGCCACUGGGGGGAGCUGCUCAAGAGAUUCACACAGGUGCCAGUCAAGCCCCAAGACGCCCGCUACGCCUACGAGCCCAAGAUGGUGCUCAGGAGGAACGUCUUCUUCAGCAAGAGGGAUGAGGUCAAGAUCAGAGACGCCAAGAUCCUGGAGCUGCUGUAUGAGGAGGCACAGUGGAACAUGCGCUCAGCCCGCUACCCGUGCGAACUUUCCGACUACGAGAUGCUGGCGGGGAUACAGAGCCGCCUGGAGCUGGGGCCCUACGACCACACCACCCACACACCCUCCUUCUUCAGACGGCGGCUGCUGGACUACCUGCCGGAACACGCGUGUCGCCUCAAGCUGAGUGACCUGGUGAGCUUCAGCAGUAAGUCCACCCCAGAGAUCCGCAUCAUCGAGCAGUUCCGUUCCAUCCCGAGCAACGUGACGGCGCGCAAGCUCGUCAGGAAGUACCUCGAAUUCUCCUGGUCACUGCCUUACUACGGGAGCGCCUUCUUCCACGGGCAGAUCGAGCAGGCAGCGCGGGGCAUGGGGUCGUGGCUGCCCCGCCCUGACAUUCCGGUCCUGGUCACCAUCAAUGCUACGGGAGUCAGCGUGAUCGAUCCCAAGAAGUCGACGGUGUUGCUGAGCCUCCGUUACGAUGAACUGUCCUGGGACUUCGCGAGGCCGAGCAAUGAGCGGAUCGUCACCUGCCUGCCUUGCCUCUUCCUUCAGUUCGCAGUGGUGGAGAACGGCCGGAGGUAUUCCAAGCUGCUGCAGAUAUUCUCCAAACAAGCGGUGAUGAUGGACGCCCUUAUCAGCACCUUCGUGGACGAGCUGAAGAGGCGCGCGGCACAGUACCCAGACGACCUCGAGGGCCACAUGUUGGAUCACGGCACGGAGGUGGAUGACGUGCUGGUGCCGCUCUCCACGGUGUCCCGCAAGGAGGUGCCCGACUCAGUGCUCUGCAACAAGCUGCACCGCCUCUCCCUCGCUACCUUCUCCGAGGACGGUCGCUGCGUGGGCACCAUGGGGUCCUGGCAGUUCAGUAGAUGAGGGGAUGCCAUUGACUACGUGUGACCCGCCGCCCACGCUGCCCCGCCCCGCAUGGCCUCCUCUGACUCGGCCGCUUCCUGCACCCUGGCGGCCCUCGCCCUCGAGUCGGCGCCACUGCUCCGCUCGUGACCGGCGCACACACACACUCACACAGGCCUCCGCUUCAGUUUGUAAGAACGCGCACUAGUUCUCUAAGUCAUCAGUUAUUUGGAGAUAACAGAGUAAUAACCACGGAGCUCAUCUCCUCUGCGAUAUACUGGUCAUAGUAGUGGGUAGACUCUGCCUCUAGUGUUGUAAGCGGCGGCCAGAGACGCGACCACCAGGCUGCUACUGCUGCUGCUGCUGCUCCUGCUGCCGCUGCUGCUGCUGCCACUGUUGCUGCUGUUGCUGCUGCUGGCCGACCCCCCACCUGCUCAAGGCCGCAAUUGUUCGUCAGCUCCCGUACAGGGCAGCGUCCCGGCCGACCUUUGCUGUGAUAUUCCUGUGUGUCAAGCCCGUGGAAUUGACGCCCAAGUGGGGUGAUAAGAGGCCGUGGAAAUUUCUCUCUCUCUCUCUCUCUCUCUCUCUCUCUCUCUCUCUCUCUCUCUCUCUCUCUCUCUCUCUCUCUCUCUCUCUCUCUCUCUCUCUCUCUCUCUCUCUCUCUCUCUCUCUCUCUCUCUCUCUCUCUCUCUCUCUCUCUCUCUCUCUCUCUCUCUCUCUCUCUCUCUCAGUUGGGUAUCUCAGACAACAACUCAUAUUCAGUACAAACGUAUUCGUCAGAGACAUUCCGACUUCCAAAUUGUAUUAUAGUCAUACUCGCCCCAGGUGUGUGACUUGUGGGGCACUGAAGCGAAGAUACCAUGGCCAGCGACACCCUCAUACCCUGAUACCCUGGCAGCGGGGCGGGAGCCAGGGGCUGGUGGAGGCGUGGCCGGGAAGGCAGACGGCACGCCCCACCCCCUUCUCUGGCAUCAGAGGGUCAUACACGGGCCGCGAGGAAGCUGCUGUGGAAGAGGAUGCUGAGGGAGACAAAGAUUACCGUCAAGAACAACAGGACGCAAUGCUGAUAUGGAUAAGAUACAAUAAGGAACCUUAGUCAUCUCUCCAUUCACAUUUACUGGGCCAAGCUUUGUUAUACGAGUCGACUCUGUUUUCUGUAUCAAGUGUUUGGGCGUGGAAGCUGCGGCACACCACCAUCGCCAGAGUCGAGGCGAAGACAGUGUUUAUCUAGGCUUUGGUACGAGGCCACCUAAUCCUCCUCCGUCAUUCCCUGAGAUUAGCGGCACAAGCUGUGGUGAAAGUCAAAAGAAGAGUAGUACACUUGUUUAGGUGUGUCACGUGGUGAUAUCGCCUGGUCUAGCCACUUAUUACCACUUUAUCAUUUUGUUACAUGUUCAGUGUGGAGUGUGGAGUGUUCAGGUGACAUUGGUGUGUAUGACCUCACGGGUCCCGCCUGUGGGUGUGAGCUGAGGGGCGUGCAUAUGUCUGCAUUGCACCGUGACUCACACCUGUCCGCCUUAUCACGUGCACUGCAUCACGCCUGUAUCACACCUGUGCAUGCGUGGGAACCGUGAACCAGUCCUGAUGAGCCUCACCUGAGCCGUGUAUAAGGUGAGUGUUGGUGGUGCAGCGGCCAGGUGGUGUCAGGCCCAGUGUGGGUAAAUUAUUGUUACUAUUUAUUUAUUCAGAGGGAGAUUCGACAGUGGUUACAAAAUUGCCACUCCCUGAGAUUUGUUAUAGAGAGUUGUGAUGUCUUUUAUUAGCUGUAUUAUGUUACUUUACAUUUUGAAUUUAAACCAUCGGUCACUAGGCGUCUCGAAACGGAUUGUAUAAUGUGCAUGGCAAGUUCGAAGCCUUAGUGAAUCAGGAGUCUCGAAACACCGGCAUCAUUUGAAGUAGUUAUUUUUUUCUGUAGCAGACGAGUUCAAAGCCUCAAUCACGAAGCCUCAAAACAUCACCAUACACAUUACAAUUUCCAUCAGCCAUCUGCAUCACCAAACUAUCACCAUUACCACCACCAUCACCAUCAGAGGCGGACACGCGAGGCUGCAGCUUACUCGUUACUCAUUGUUACUCAACGCGGCAACUUUCACUCCGCACAUUUCUACUCCCUAUCCCCAUUCGUCACCAUCACCGCGUUACGUACCCUGUGCCCUCACUAUCUCUACGGUAACGCGGUGGUCGCAGUGCAUGGCAGGAUAUUAGCCCGUAUUCUGAAAUGCUUUGCUCUCUCACCAUCACUAUUUUCCAAGGGCUUUAGGUGAAGAUACUAGUGUUUUUAAGAUUUCUGGUAUAUCAUAAGAAGGAACUCUCUUGAAAACCCGAUUAGUUGUCUCUGUGGCCUUGGAAAAUUGUCGUGGUGAGAGAGCAAGGUUUUUCUUUUUUGAUAUGGGCGAUUCUCGUGCUCUUGAUCCGUAUUUUGUGAUCGCAAGCCUUCCUUUCCCUUUCCCGAGCUGACUAAGAGGAACUUGAGCAGAAUAAUUGUAGAUUUUUCCCUGUUUUGCUCCAAACUUAUAAGGAAGAGACGCCGCUGUGAGGAAGUGUACCAAAUAGUCCCUUGUUUUUAUUGUUAUUGAGUCCCUUCACCAGAUGGACUGUUUAAUGAUCCCAGUCUUUGCUUGGGGUGUGAGUGGUCUCGUCGUGACUCCCUGAUUCCCGAUGUAAUGGUUCUUUUCUCUUCUUUUUUAUGAGUGAAGCAGACUGGUCAAGGAUAAAAAAAAAACAUGAAUAUAUAAGCAAAUAGAUAAAAAAAAAAAAGAAACCAUCCCGUCAAGGCACCGCUCAUAAAAGAAAGAAAAGUAAAAAAAAAAAAAAUCCCGUCAAGGCAUCGCUCAUAAAAGAAAAAAAAAAAAAGAAUUGUAACGCGCUUCACGUUUGCCUCCAUCUCACCGUCACUGGCUGGUGUUACUGGCGACGCGUGUCUUCAUUGUAGUCUUAACCAAUUAACGAACGUGGUGGGCAGGUGGAUAGUGAGUGUUUGAACUUUGCAGACCGUCGUGCUGCACCAAGACCCAGGAACUCCGUGCAAGUACUAGGAAGGAGACAUGUUGAGUUAUGUUAAUGUAGAAUGUAUUUGAAAGUAUUGGAGUUAGUGGUGAAGUCAUAGUCAGAAGCAAAUCAAUCUGCCACACUCGCUUCCGCUGUGUUUGACGUUUUCACAACCUCAAGUCCUCUGAUCUGUUGAGAAUCUAUCAGUUAUUUUAUAGGAUUUGUAAUGAGACUGUCAGUAGAUCAGAUGACUCAAGAUUGAAGGAAAACGGUACAAAGAAUGAAAGUACAGAACGUUACUCGACUUCUAGCCAUGACUCCACAUCUGCAAGGUUGGAUGUUCCAUUGUGACUGCAUUGAUGUGGUUGAAUUGCCCCCGCCUUGCUUCCAUUACCACUCAAGUAAAUGUGUAGCUAAUGGAGAAGGUUAUUUGACGAGUCGUGCUUUGAAAAUAAUGUACCAAAGAUUUUAUACAAGGAAAUAAUGACAAAAAGGGAAGAGCAAGUAUGGAACUACAAACCAUCCUUGCUACGUGGCGUGAAUGUCGAAAUGGAAAGGUUUGGCGGUGUUUUGAUUCAGGACGAGAGAUGAGAUCAAAGAGAUAUCUGAAUUAAGAUAGACUGAUGAAAUUUUUUUCUCUCUCUCUCUCUCUCUCUCUCUCUCUCUCUCUCUCUCUUCUCGGGUCACGGAGAUCGAUGGUGGCUCACAGGAGAUAUUGAUUUAGUGUCUCUUACUCAGCCAGGUGGCCGCGCUCGCCGCUAAGACAGGAGGGAGUCGAUCGCUUCACUCACGACUCCGGUACUACCUUGGUCCGCCCGCUGCUCCUUACUAAGUGUCCAUCUGGCACUUGUGGUGCGGAUUAUUUAUGAAUUUGAGCUUAACACCGUCAGUAGAAAUUGAUCUUCAUUCUAACUCUAUCAUGAAGUUUCAAAGUUAUUUUUAUUUAAGCGAUGUGGAUAUUGGCUAGAAAAAAAAGUUUAUUUCGUCGUUUCGAGAAAAAAAAAAAUAGCUGGAAAUGCUGUCAGUUAAUUCCAGUCCUCUCGCUCCGCCUCUUUGCGAACACUGAAGGAAUACAGGAAUGCAUUCUUCCUAGACACUGCAAUGGGGAAAAAAAAAGAGGAAAUGCACAAAAUUAAUCAAAAGAAAUCCAAUGUUACUGAACCAUUAUUACAUCUGGUGGGACCUUAAAAAGAUCGCCAGGUUAGGAAAUUACCCUCCACAUGUAAUCCUCGUUAUGAAAUACCAAUGUUACUUUUGAGAGUCCUAAAGAUGGCAGCGACCACAGGUGACUGAAUGAAGCACCACCACCAGCCAGUAUUGUCACCUGCAGCAGGAAUCGUGCCGCGCGGCCCUCGAUGUCUGGCACUUGUCUUGAUUCGCUUCACGCACUCACCAGGAACAGAGUGAACAUGAACUGAGGACACGCACAGGGGGAAGAAGUUGAUUUUUCCCACGUUUACCUUGCCCUAGCCUUCCCCACCUCCCCCCAUGGCACUCACCCGCCGCCACCACCGCCACCACCGCCGCCUCACACAGGGACGUGGCAUACAUACAGGUCUUAAUAAUCCCCGUAACGAUAAUAUUGAUAAUAAUAAUAAUCCUUUUUCUUUACGUUCAAUGGUGGGGUUCCCGUUUUCAAUUCCGUGGUCGAUGUGUGAACCACCGUUGCCUCACUCACCUGUUUGUACGUACGUGUGUUUCGUGUGGGUGUGCUCGCGUGUGUAUUGUACAAGUAUGUAUCAUCGUGAACCCUAUACUUUUUUUUAUUACGUAUAUAUAAAAUAGUGUUACAGACAGCGAUGGUCGUGUCGUCUCCUAAACACUGUGAACCACCUACUCUCAUCAAAGACACGUAUAACAGCCCCUCUUAUGUGAUAUUGUAGAUUUAGUGAAGAGCAGAGCGCCUGUUGAUUGCUCUGGGGAAGGCGUGAAGGCAGCUGACCCAGGAACACUGUCACUUCCGCUCCCUCUCUCUCUCUUUCUCUCUGGCGAUGGUAUACCUGUGCAGGGUGCCGCGUGGGGUACCAAGGAGGGCCAGGCAGGAAGUGUAGUGGUGUUGCUGGGUGUUGUACUGAAGCCUGUGAGUUUAUUUAGUACAUGAGAUAUCGAUGAGAGGAAAGACAUUUGUACUUUGUGGUUUAUCGUUUGGUUUUAUGGAAGUUUUGUUGUGUAUUUGGUACCAGACGGCAGUUGGACAGACACACACACACACACACACACACACACACACACACACACACACACACACACACACACACACACACACACACACACACACACACACACACACACACACACACACACACACUCCCCGCUCUUGUCCCAAAGUUUUUUACUGUCGAGCGAACUGUUACGUGUUCCCAGGAGCAGCGUUGUGUGUGUGCGUGUGCGUGUGCGUGUGCGUGUGUAUGAAGGAGCCUCAACUUCACCCCACAGAUCAGGAUUGUAAUGACUGGCUGGUGGUGACUCCAGCAAGUGCAAGACUGAGUAAAUAACACACACACACACACACACACACACACACACACACACACACACACACACACACACACACACACACACACACAGCCUUCUACCCUUCCCCGGUGACUCGGCGCAACAACCUGCAUCAUGUAUCAAGGAACAUGAGCAGGUCGCCUCGCCGCCCCAGACCAGGAGGGCGCGAGGUGACCGCUUAUAACAGGACCAUAUUCUGAAACACCUGCCCGCACCGCCGCUACAUUCAAAUGACUAAGUGAAGUUUCAAUAGUUUUUAAUUUUUUUUCUAUAUUUCUAGUGACAAAUUAACAAGAUUUUUACAUCAUUGUCAGCACUCUAUAGAAAACCCGGUUAGUCAAAUAUGUGGCCUUUGAAAAUAGUCGUGGUGAGAGAGCAAAGGGUUUCUGUAUACGGGCCUAGGCGUUCCCCGUGGCUGGACACGCGACUCUCGGUGUGGCGUGGUUAUUUGCACUGCCAAUGUAGUGAUCCAUAGCGAAAGUUGUCAUGCAAGGUGAAUCAUUAUUAUAUACAGACCGUAGUAUUUCAUAAGGAUCGCGUGGACGUCAGCUGUUGCUCUUACACUGUAGGUUAGGUUAGCUUAGCUUAGUUAAAGAUACGAAUGCCUACUUAAAGUUACAUGAUCUAGUUUAUUGCAGAUGUAUAGCUUAGGUUAGGUUAGGUCACAGAUCAGAUUAUCCAUUGAUUUAUAGAUAGGUAGACAGGUGAAUAGAUGAAUGACCUAACUCCGUCUAGUCAACAGCAGGUACAGCUUUAGUUAGGUUAGCUUAGGUUAGAUUGUCCAAAGAUUCAUAGAUAGACAGAUGUACGCUAGUAACUUAAGCUAACCUAAUCGUUUACCACAGGAUGUGUAGCUGUCAUGGCUAGCGUUCCCGCGGUCCGUCAUAACAUUAGCCUCAAGCAGGUUGGAGGGAAUAAUAAUACUAGACAUGUUUUCUAUGUGGUGAGUUCGGUGUUUUCCUGAUAACGGUGAUAAAGGUGAUAACUUUUGUAUGGUGUUAUGCCGUCAGCACCACCGCGGGAGAGCGACGCUGUCCGGUGUUUGUUUGUGUACAUAUAUAUCAAUGAUCCAGUUUAUCCUGUGAUGCUAUUAAUAAAACUUUUAUACCUGGA